ACGCGCUCUGGUCGGAAGGCAUACCUAAUGAAGCGCGUUCCAGUCGCGAUGCUCCAUGGUAGCUGCUUCAUCCGCGUCAUUGGACGAACGACGGAUCGUCGACAAUGAGACGCCAAGAGCACUGGACCUCAAUUGCAGCCACGUCGCUUUGCUCGAGAGCACAUUCUUUACUUCAGCUUUCCCCCUGGAUAUCACCGGAACCCGGGUUGAAAGGCGGCGAUGCCGGUAGCCACCAGGAAACGACUUGGUCGGCCGACAAAAAGUCAAGCUGCGGGGGACGACGACAAGGCUUUACCGACCAGCAGAAUCGAUGAGCUUCCGGCGGGAACCCGGCGCAGCAAGCGUCUCGGUCAUGUUGAUGUGGAAGACAUUAGACAUUUCGAGGCCAUACGAGUAAAGAGGAGACGAAGAAGUCAGAAGGCUGUGGAGGGAGGAGAAGAAGAAGAAGAAGAAGAAGAAGAUCAGGUGGACACAGACCAAGGCAGCGUCAUAGAAGACGACCAAGGCGACGACGACGACGACCAGGGCACGGAAGACGGCCAAAACGAAGAAGGAGAAGACGGAGAAGAAGCAAUAGACGACCAUCGCGAAAACGCAGCUCUACUUCUGGCAACGGAGGCGCCUGCCGAACCACCAACUGCCAGAAAACGAGGCCGGCCGAGAAAGAUACGUGAGGAUCUCCGGGUAGAUACGUUGCGUAAGGAAGCAACAAAUACCCAUCGCACGAAUGCGAGCCGUGUCGGGAAGGGGCAGACGACUCAAGAGUCAAGUCGAUCUUCGAGAAUGAAGGCGAAGAAACAAAGUAAAGGCUUGCCGAAUCCCGAAGCUUCACAACCAACGCCAGACCCGGAUAACGAGGACGAACCAGCCGCCACUGCAAAGGUCAGGACGGACAAUUAUGAGUUUGCGAGUAGUCCACCUAGAGGGUCUGCCGUCGCAGUUGACCUUACAAUGUCAUCAUACCAAGAGGCUGAAUCGUCCGAUUCGCGAUCAGAUUCAGAGAACCCUGACACCGGCAAUGGGUUGUUUGUUGAGCGCGAGAUUCAGAGUGCAGAUGAGCAGGGCACAUAUGAGGAGGGCACAUAUGAGGAGGGCACAUAUGAGGAGGGCACAUAUGAGGAGGGCACAUAUGAGGAGGGCACAUAUGAGGAGGGCACAUAUGAGGAGGGCACAUAUGAGGAGGGCACAGAUGAGGAGGGCACAGAUGAGGAGGGCACAGAUGAGGAGGGCACAGAGAAGGGCGACGAGGAGGGUGAUGAUGAUGAGCAACUUUACAACGAUCCGACUAUGGCUGAGUUGCCGCCGUCUGCACAAGCAAGGGAAGAUGCUGCCUAUCCGGGCGACACAGACUCCCAAAUGGAGCCACAACCAGUAGAGGCAACUGCGCAGAUUCGUCGUUUUGUCGGUGAUCUGGACCCGCCAACUCCUGACCUCUUCCCUGAGGUUGACUACGAGUACCCGGACGAUCAUUUUAUCUUUCACAAGCCUGAAGAUCAAGACCGAUUGACCGCGGCGCCGGUCAAAUCACCAUCCCUGAAGAGCAUCAAGGAGUUGAUGAACGGAGUGGGUUGGACUCGUUCCAAGGAUGGAAGAGCAGUUGACCUUACAACUGGGCCGGCGCAGCUCUCGCAGAAGACCCAGCCUCUAUGGGACCGCAUUCAAUCACUCAACAUCUUCUGGGAAGGAGCCCCUCGCGCGCCCCUGUUUAGCAGACAAUGCGACUAUUUGCAUUCGAUCAAUGUAGAUGCGGUCGAUGCCAGGCUCACUUUCAAGGAAGUCGACAAGCUUGUUCAUAAAAUAGCCACGAAAGCGAAGAAGCCCAGCCCCGGCGACGAAUCUGAUAUGCCGGCCCCACGUUUCGUCAAGGAGCUGUACGAAAGUAUCAUCCCUUUACUUGUGGUUACCCUUGGGAAUGUAUUCCGAAAGGGUACUGACCACGAUGGAUCCCAAUAUGCCGGAACAUUCACGAAGCCGAUGCUGCAAAUCAUGCACAGACUGGUUGCUUGGAUUCAGAAGCUGUACUAUGGCAUGCUCUCAAACCUUGCGAGGAGGAGACAGAAGGAACAACUGCUAUCCAAGAAGCUCAGCCGAGAAAAGCUCGCCGUGUAUUUGAAAGGCUUCAAACUAGAGCUGGAUAUGACUUGGAACAAGGUCAAUCACACGAUUCAGCGGCAACGACUCUACGAGCAGCGGUCUCUUGAAAAGAAACAGAAGGAACAGCGAGAACGACACGAGUACGAAGAGACUAGACGACGACAACGGGAAUUUUGUGAUAGGCGACUGGAGGAGCGGAUUGCAGCCGAGAAAGCACGGAGAGGGAUAAGCUCCCCGCAACAGAGUCAAAGAGGCAGGCACGAGAGACAGCAGCGCGUGCCAGUGAAUCGCCAUCUAGAGGCAACGCGAGGAUCGGUGGAUGCUGAGCCCUGUGCCUGGCCUGAAGCAGAUGCCAAGUGGCUUCUGCAGACGUUGUCCGCAAGGCCAGACACCGACUCUCAAGCGCUUGCAAUGAUGCUUGAACGCAGCGAAGACGAUGUCAUAGCCAUGAUCAGUUUGCUCAAGCAAAGCGCCAGAGCACACGCAGCACAGAGAGGCAAGGAGGUUCCGGCAUUUGCAGCUGUUUGAGCUGGAAAGGGCCGCCUGUUGGGGAUACACUAGCUGCGAGUUUAUUGUUUUUGAGGAUACCCACGCGUUCAUAUCGAGCGUCUCAAUAUCAUUAUUUCGGGCAUACAAGAAAGCCUGC